CACGAUCCUCAUGUACCCCCCCUCCCAUUCCCCCCUUCAUCCCCAUUACCCAAAUAACGCUAAGGAAACCAGAUUAGACGAUAUAGAAGACUCCUCCCCCCUCCGCCGGGGCCAUCCCUCCGCGCACACCAAGUUCGGAACCGGACCGACCGUCAACGCAGCCACUUACACCCUAAUGACCCUCACCGCGUCCAUCCAGAAGCAUCUCGGAGCCGAAGCCCUGGACAUCUUCCUCGAGGAGAUGCAGCACCUCGGAAAAGGGCAGGCGCUCGAUCUCCACUGGACGUGUGUGAGGGAAUGUCCCACGGUGGAGGAGUAUGUGGGCAUGGUGGAUCUCAAGACGGGGAGUUUGUUUCGGUUGGUGGUGCGGUGGAUGGUGCUAGGGGCAGGUCGGGAAGUGGAUGAGGAGGUCACGGUGGUGGGGUUGGGUACCUUGCUAGGGAGGUAUUAUCAGGUUAGGGAUGAUUUGUUGAAUUUGACGGGGGAGGUGAGUUCUUUCUUUUCUUGUCGGGUCUGGGUUCUUCUUUGGUGUGAGAGAUGAGGGGUCUAUUGGGCUGGGGUGUGAUUGCUGAUUGUGGUGCUGUAGUAUUCGGUGGCUAAAGGUUGGUGUGAGGAUUUGGAUGAGGGGAAGUUCUCGUUUCCGCUGGUUUGGUUGUUG